AUGGCCAACCAAAUUAACAGUCUGCGGCCUCCCAGCUUACGAGGAGUCCAGAGUACUGCGCCGCUUGGAGGACGCAUCCAGCACUCCCUCAGCUACCCCUCCAAGACAGCACAAAUUCUUGCAACAUUUCCCUCAACACCAGAAUCCGAGGGUGUGAAGGCACCCUCGCUGUGGCUCGCGGCAUAUGUGGAUGUCUAUGUCGGCAACGAUACUCAAAUAUGGCUAUAUUCAAGCGUAGAGGCUGAGGCCUCCUUGCCAUCAAUCCAAGAACGGUCUGCAACAGAGGAGCAGCUCUCGGGUCUGGAUCAACUCAGCGAACUCGUUCUCGAACCUACUGUUGCAGCAGAACUGCUGGCUCAACUGCUUUCUCUAUUUUUGUACAUUCGAACCCACAUUAUCCCGCCGUAUAUCUCAUAUCUGGGAUCGCAGAGCAACGAGGCUAACCAGCCCCCUAACCCAUCUCCAUAUCCGGGAAAAUCUUCGAAAAGGCCCCCGCCUCAUCUACCAACAUCAUUCAAAAUUGGCAGCGUGCACACAGGAAUCUACGAUCUAUUACUAGCUGCGAUUGCGGCGCCUGAGAAGAUACCGCCACAUUUACCAAGAAUCCGCGUCCUCUCCCUUGAUGCAGGGGCAUGCAUGAAAUACCUUUUCCACCGCUCAACAUACAAUUCAUUUCCUGAAAAGCCUGCGGGUGCGUCGGGUACUAAUGGUACUAAUGAUGAUAAGGGUCUUCCCCCAGGAUACCGAUUGCACGAUCUCAACCGUCGCGCUGGAGUCCAGAAGGGACAUUUGGACCUGGUUCUAAGUCGCCUUGACAUCCCGCGGUCGAAGGAGCUCUUACUACAGAUGCCUAGCGUAGCAGUCUACCACGAUGGUGAGGUAGAUAAUGUCAUAUCUUCUUGUUCUGGCGCUACGGCAAACAGCUCCUCUGGCCGCGGCGUGGAAGAAAUGCCCGUGGCAUGGUGUUUCCUAAAUGUGGAUGCGAGUUUGUGUAGUCUGCAUGUGGAGGAGGAACACCGCAGACGCGGAUUGGCGAAUGUGAUUGCUAGGGAAGUGAUGAAACUGGGAUUGGGGGACGACGGCGGAGUGUUUACAUCUGGGACUGGAUCUGAUAUCGGUGCGAUACCCAAGGGAAAGCGCGAUGAUGAUCACCAUGAUCAUGGUUGGGCAUUUUCGGAUGUUUUCCUGCAAAAUACAGCGAGUAGAAGGGCGAUGAGGAAGUUGGGAGGGGAGCCAGCAGGGACUGUUAAGUGGGUUGUUGUGGAUGUUGUGGAUGUUGUAGAGAAUCAUUGA